AGUCGCGACACUUUCCUCUGGGCUACUACUUCGUCGUCGUCCCCUCCCUUGACCCUUAACCCCUCCCCUACGAUGCGCUUCUUCUCCGGAGGUCGCCGCGUAGGCGGCGGCGUCGGCGUCGGCCUCCUCCCGACCACCAAGCCCAAGCCCCUCCGAAAACCCUCCUCCUCCGCAGUCUCGCGCCGCCGCGGUGGCGGUGGGGUCGGCGUCGCUCGCCCCUUCUCCCCAUCCUCCACCUUCUUCGCCAUCGGCCUCUCCAUCUCCCUCCUCUUCUUCCUCGCCGUGGUCAUCCGCUACGGCGUCCCCAGCGCCGUGUCCACGCCCCGCCCUAGGGCCGUCCUCACCCGCCGGCCUGCGUUCCGCCGCCCCAUCCCCUCCGGCGGCGGUGGGGGAGGCGCCGCCGCCUCCGCGAGGGGCGGCGAGAUCGGUGCCGCGGCGGUGGACAUCACUACGAAGGAUCUGUACGAUAAGAUCCGGUUCCUGGACAAGGACGGCGGGGCUUGGAAGCAGGGGUGGGAGGUGACCUACAAGGGCAACGAGUGGGAUUCGGAGAAGCUAAAGGUGUUCGUGGUACCCCACUCGCAUAACGAUCCCGGGUGGAAGCUCACCGUGGAGGAGUACUACAAUCGCCAAUCCCGCCAUAUACUGGACACGAUCGUGGAAUCGCUUUCAAAGGAUAGUCGCCGCAAGUUCAUCUGGGAGGAGAUGUCAUAUUUGGAGAGAUGGUGGAGGGAUGCUUCGGAUCAGAAAAAGGAAAGCUUCACCAAGUUGGUGAAGAACGGGCAGUUAGAGAUCGUGGGAGGAGGAUGGGUGAUGAAUGAUGAGGCUAACUCUCAUUAUUUUGCUAUCAUAGAACAGAUGAUGGAAGGAAACACGUGGCUCAAUCAAACCAUUGGAGUUAUUCCAAGAAAUUCUUGGGCAAUAGACCCAUUUGGUUAUUCAGCAACCAUGGCAUAUCUUCUUCGAAGGAUGGGUUUCCGCAACAUGGUUAUUCAGAGAACCCACUAUGAGCUAAAAAAGGAGCUAGCUUGGAAUAAGAACUUGGAAUACAUAUGGAGGCAGAGCUGGGAUGCUGAGGAAACAACUGACAUAUUCGUUCACAUGAUGCCAUUCUAUUCAUAUGAUAUUCCACACACCUGUGGGCCAGAACCGGCUAUCUGCUGUCAAUUCGAUUUUGCUCGUAUGCGAGGCUUUAGUUACGAAUCAUGCCCCUGGAGAGUUGACCCAGUUGAAACAAAUCAAGCCAAUGUGCAUGAGAGAGCAACAAAGCUUUUGGAUCAAUACAGGAAAAAGUCAACACUGUAUAGAACGAACACCCUCCUUGUUCCUCUAGGCGACGACUUUCGUUAUGUUAGUUUAGAAGAAGCAGAAGUCCAAUUCCGUAACUAUCAAAAGCUGUUUGAUUAUAUAAAUUCUAACCUUGAUCUGAAUGCCGAGGUCAAGUUUGGCACCCUUGAAGAUUACUUUCUCACACUUCGUGACGAGGCAGAAAAGAUAAAUUAUUCUCAUUCUGGUGAGUUGGGUUCUAGGGAGAUAGGAGGUUUCCCAUCCCUCUCAGGGGACUUCUUUACAUAUGCUGAUAGAAACCAAGACUACUGGAGUGGCUACUAUGUUUCAAGGCCGUUCUUUAAAGCAGUUGACCGUAUACUUGAGCAGACGCUUCGUGCAUCUGAGAUGAUGGCUGCGUUAGUUUUAGGUUAUUGUCAGAAAUCUCAAUGUUCUAAACUUCCUAUAAGUUUCUCGCACAAAUUAACAGCUGCGAGGAGGAACUUGGCUCUUUUCCAGCAUCACGAUGGGGUAACCGGCACCGCCAAGGAUCAUGUAGUGGAGGAUUAUGGGACUCGAAUGCAUACUUCUUUGCAGGAUUUACAGCUAUUUAUGUCUAGGGCGGUGGAAGUCCUUUUAGGGGAUUUUCAUGAUAAGUCAGAUCCUACUUUAUUUUCACAUUUUGAACCUGAGCAAUCGAGAUCAAAGUAUGAUGUCCAGCCGGUGCAUAGAAUUAUUGAUUUACAUGAAGGAGAAUCACAUUCUGUGGUAUUUUUCAAUCCAUCGGAGCAAACGAGGGAUGAAAUUGUUAUGGUUGUUGUUACUGAGCCUGAUAUCGUUGUUCUAGACGCAAAUGGGUCAUGCAUUAAGAGUCAAGUUUCACCUGAAUGGCAGCAUGAUAAUAUUGAAAAGGCUUCUACUGGGCGACAUCGGCUUUACUGGAGAGCUUCUGUUCCUUCGAUGGGGCUCGAGACUUACUAUAUUGCUCAUGGAAAUAAAGGCUGUGAAAAACCUACACCUGCCGUCCUAAAAGUAGUCACCCAUAAAAAAUUGCUGUGUCCUCCACCUUAUGUUUGCUCGAAGCUAGAGGGCAAAGAAGCAGAGAUCCGUAAUAGUCAUUGUACUCUUACUUUUGAUACAGCUCAUGGCCUCCUGCAAAAAAUGAAGCAUAGGGAUGGUAAAGAAACAGUAAUUGGUGAAGAAAUAGGCAUGUAUAGUAGCUUUGGGAGUGGGGCCUACUUAUUCAAACCAAAUGGAGAAGCUAAACCAAUAGUUGAGGAAGGAGGGCAUCUGAUUAUUUCCGAAGGCCCAUUGGUGCAAGAGGCUUACUCUAUCCCAAAAGCCAUGUGGGAGAAUAAAAUGCCGAUUUCUUACAGUACACGUAUCUACAAUGGUGAGCAUACAGUACAGGAAUUGGUUAUUGAGAAAGAAUACCAUGUCGAACUUCUUGGUCAUGAAUUCAAUGACCAGGAAUUGAUAGUCAGAUUCAAGACUAAUAUUGACAAUCACAGGGUCUUUUAUUCAGAUCUCAAUGGCUUUCAAACGAUCCGGAGGCAAACAUAUGAUAAAAUUCCUUUACAGGGGAAUUACUAUCCAAUGCCUUCACUUUCCUUCAUACAAGAUUCAAUAGGCGACCGGCUUUCUGUUCACUCGAAGCAGUCAUUAGGGGCGGCAAGCCUAAAAAAUGGAUGGCUGGAGAUUAUGUUAGAUCGUCGCUUGGUUAUGGAUGAUGGCCGUGGAUUGGGCCAAGGCGUGAUGGAUAACCGCCCGAUGAAUGUUCUCUUCCACAUUCUCAGUGAAUCUAAUGUUUCUGCAUUGUCUUCUUCCCAUGAAGUACUUAACCUCCAGCCAUCUCUCCUCUCCCACCGUGUUGGGGCCCAAUUGAACUACCCUAUGCAUACGUUCAUAGGCAAGAAGCCCGAGGAUAAACCCUCCAAAAUGCAGAGGAGAUCAUUUGCCCCGUUAGCGUUGUCUUUACCUUGUGAUUUACAUAUCGUGAACUUCAAGGUCCCACAGCCUCUAAAGUUUCCUCAAGUUCAGCCGUUGGAUUCUAGAUUUGCUAUUCUUUUGCAGAGGAGGGGAUGGGAUGCGUCAUACUGUAGAAAAGGUGGACUGCAGUGUUCAACUAUUGGCGAUGAGCCGGUGAAUUUGUUCUAUAUGUUUAAAGAUCUAGCAGUUUUGAAUGUGAAAGCAACUUCCUUGAAUCUCUUACAUGAUGACGCAGAGAUGCUGGGUUAUAUAGAGCAGGUGGGAGAUGUUGCUCAGGAGGGGAAUGUACUCAUCUCUCCCAUGGAAAUACAAGCUUAUAAGUUGGAAUUACAGCCGCAGCCAAUAUCAUAGAGAAUGGUAAUGAUUUUGGAUGGUAUUAUUUGUUCUAGAUGAUGGCUGUUCUCCUCUGGCUGAGAUUAUCGUAGUUCUAGAAUGGCUUGCUACCUGCCAUGCAUAUAUGGAAACAACUACCGCCCAACCUAAUUUUGAUUACAUGGGGCAGUAUUUUUCCUAAUAUUCAGAUUAAAUUGAGACCACUUUACACAGAUAAUGAAUUUCUACAAGUACAAGUUUGUGAUGAAGAGGAACUGCAGAAGAGUAUGUGUAUCAUGUAUUGGCAGCUCGGUUGAUCAUGCCAUACUGUUGCGUCAAUUGCGGCACACCCAGCAGCCAAUCUGUUCCAUACCAUUUCUUUUGAACUUGCUUUACGAGAUCUAUAUAUCUAUUGUAAAAAGUUAUCACUGGUCGAAAUAUAAUAUCCACGGAGAUUAGAUCAGCGUAUGCUGUACUCUUUCAAUUUUUGAACUUUCUAGAACUUAGUGCUGUUGAAGGCUUCGGAAUGAUAAACAGGUUAAAAAUGUUAGAAGAUAGCUUUGCUUAUGUAGCAGGUGUUUCCUAAUUGUGAUACUGCUGAAUCAUGUGGAACUUUUUCUACAUUAAGCUUUGCUAUUAACCUUCUGGAAGCAAGAUGAUUUUUAUUUCUUUCUUUUCCUGGUGUCUGUAUUUCAUGUUGGUAAAUGCGCAGUUGGCGCGCAAUGUU